UUGGGUAUACACAUACAUGCUUCUGUCUCUCAUGACACUAAUGGGAACUCAAGCUCAUCUCCUUCACACAAAUUUACUGGGCUCACCACUCCACCACCAUACGCCACCGCACACCGCCACCAUACGCCACCGCACGUUACUUCCCCGCAUUUCUGCAACUGCACCUAAAAGAGAGAAAGAUGCAAAAAAACGGGUUGUUAUCACGGGUAUGGGAGUGGUGUCUGUGUUUGGAAACGACGUUGAUACCUUCUACCAAAGACUUUUGGCAGGAGAGAGUGGCAUUACAUCAAUAGAUCGCUUCGAUGUUUCAGAGUUCCCAACGCGAUUCGGUGCUCAGAUUCGUGGGUUCGACUCAAAUGGUUAUAUUAGUGGCAAACAUGACCGAAGAUUGGAUGAUUGUCAACGGUAUUGCAUUGUUGCAGGAAAAAAAGCACUUGAAGAUGCUGCUCUUGGUGGUGAUGAACUCUCCAAGAUCGAUAAAGAGCGCGCGGGUGUGCUUGUUGGAACAGCAAUGGGAGGGUUGACAGCAUUUUCUGAUGGUCUGGUGACUCUAAUGGAAAGAGGUUUCAAGAAAGUGACACCCUUUCUCUCACAAUAUAUUCUACCAAGUAUGGGCCCUGCCUUUCUUGCUAUAGAUCUUGGGUUUACCGGACCAACCUACUCCAUUUCGACUGCUUGUGCGACAUCAAAUUAUUGCUUCUGUGCUGCGGCAAAUCAUAUCCGUGAAGGGGUGGCUGAUUUGAUGAUUGCUGGAGGCGUAGAAGCUUCUUUACAGCCGAUAUCAUUUGCUGGUUUUGGUGCAUGUAACGCGUUGUCUAGAAGAAACAAUGAUCCUCGGACCGCUUCCAGACCCUGGGACCAUGAUAGAGAUGGCUUCGUCUUGGGCGAAGGGGCUGGCGUUUUGGUGAUGGAGAGUUUGGAACAUGCAAUGAAAAGGGAUGCACCAAUACUUGCUGAAUACUUGGGAGGUGCAAUAAAUUGUGAUGCAUAUCAUACAACUAAUCCACGACCCGAUGGUUUAGAGGUUACGUCUUGUAUUCAAAGCGGCCUAAUGAAUGCUGGUGUAUCAGUAGAGGAGGUAAAUUACAUCAAUGCACAUGCAACAUCUACAAGGGCUGGCGACCUUGCGGAAAUAAAAGCACUAAAAAAUGUAUUCAAGAAUAGAUCCGUAAUCAAAAUGAAUGCCACCAAGUCUAUGAUCGGACACUCACUUGCAGCUUCUGGGGGUAUGGAAGCCAUUGCUACAAUUAAAGCGAUUCAGACAGGAUGGUUGCACCCAACCAUUAAUCAGUUUAAUCUUGAUCCUGAAAUUGAUUUCGACACUGUUGCAAAUCAUAAGCAACAUCAUGAAAUCAAUGUUGCGAUUUCAAAUUCAUUUGGUUUUGGUGGACACAACUCUGUUGUAGCAUUCUCCGCCUUCAAACCAUGAUGGUGUCACAAAGAAUAUUGUACUGAUAGCGGCUAUUUAAUUAUCUUUCUUUUGUGUGAACAUAUAAUAUGGUUUAUUUAGAAACAUGUUACAAUGGGAUGUAAAAUGCAAAUUACAUGAACGUAAGAGAAUGUAGCAUGGUUCAAACAAGGCAUGAUGAACUAUUUACGACUCUGAACCAGUUUCCAGUGUUU